AUUCAUCUCUCCCUGCCGUGACCGCUUCUUAUCUUCCUCUCGAACAACAUGGAUUUAUUCUUUGCUAGUUCGCCAAAGACGUGCGAGAAAGGUGGUACAGUACAGUAUAGGUCUAGUUCCCGACGAGUCGAAAGCCGAGGAGUUAAGAGAGGGGCAACACCGACAGCGUACCUGAGCUAGUGCGAGUCUCUUUCUUAUUCCCAGAUCUCCUCCAGCAGGAAGCAUGUCCUCUAUCCUUCCCUUCUCUCCGCGCCUCGUUGAAAAAGAUGCGAGUGGUCGCGCUCGCGCUCAGGCGUGGAGGAUUUGGCGCCCGCAGUGCGUUCUUGAGGGUACCGCGGGGCUGCUGGCCGGAACAGCAGCGUCGGAGAUAUGCAUCAGCGGCAGGCUCAGGCAGAGAUGUCAAGGGCAUUGCGGUUGUUGAUCACUAUUACGAUGCCAUCGUCGUCGGAGCAGGCGGCGCAGGACUCCGUGCCGCUGUCGGCCUGACAGAAGCAGGAUUAAAGACGGCAUGCAUAUCGAAGCUAUUCCCCACGCGAUCACACACAGUCGCCGCUCAGGGCGGCAUCAAUGCCGCGCUGGGGAAUAUAACCCCCGACGACUGGCGCUGGCACAUGUACGACACCGUCAAAGGCAGCGACUGGCUCGGCGACCAAGACGCAAUCCACUACAUGACGCGCGAAGCCGUGCCCGCGGUGCUCGAGCUGGAGCACUACGGCCUGCCGUUCUCGCGCACCGCUGACGGGACCAUCUACCAGCGCGCGCUGGGCGGCCAGUCGCUCGAGUACGGCAGGGGCGGGCAGGCGUACCGGACGGCGUGCGCGGCGGAUCGCACGGGGCAUGCUAUGCUGCACACGCUGUAUGGGCGUAGCUUGAAGGAGGGCGUGCGCUUCUUCGUCGAGUGGUUUGUGCUGGAUUUGAUGAUGGUGGAGGGCAGGUGUGUCGGGGUUACGGCGGUGAGUCUGGAGGAUGGGACGGCGCAUCGCGUGUUUGCGCGGAAUACGGUGCUGGCUACGGGAGGUUACGGACGCGCAUAUUUCAGCGCCACAUCGGCGCACACUAGUACCGGGGACGGCAACGCCAUGGUCGCCCGCGCAGGCCUUCCUCUCCAGGACAUGGAGUUCGUACAAUUCCAUCCCUCAGGGAUCUACGGCGCUGGCGUCCUCAUAACCGAAGGCGCCCGCGGCGAAGGCGGCUACCUCCUGAACGCGCACGGCGAGCGCUUGAUGGAGCGCUACGCACCCACAGCCAAAGACCUCGCCUCGCGGGACGUCGUCUCGCGCUCCAUGAACCUCGAGAUCCUGCACGGGCGCGGCUGCGGCCCGCUGCAAGACCACAUCUACCUGCAGCUCUCGCACCUGCCGCGGGACGUCAUCAUGGAGCGGUUACCCGGGAUCGCGGAGACGGCGAUGGUGUUUGCGGGCGUCGAUGUGACGCGGGAGCCGAUCCCCGUGCUGCCGACGGUGCAUUACUGCAUGGGCGGCGUGCCGACGGAUUUCAGGGGGCGCGUGCUGGAUGUGAGGAAGGAUGGUGGUGAAGAUGGUGAGGAGAGCGUGGUAAAGGGGUUGUAUGCGGCGGGGGAGACGGCGUGUGUGAGUGUGCAUGGGGCGAAUCGGUUGGGGGCGAAUUCGCUGCUGGAUAUUGUGGUGUUUGGCAGAGCAGCCGCCCUACACAUCGCCUCGAACAACCCGCCCUCGGCGCCACACCACCCCUCCCCACCAUCAAUCGGGCUCUCCUCCCUGGACGAGCUCUCCACCAUCCUCUCCUCCUCCGGCUCCUCCAGCACAGCCUCCCUCCGCGCCGCCAUGCAGCGCACCAUGCAAACCACGACGGCCGUCUUCCGCACCGCCUCCUCACUUUCCACCGGGCACACCGCACUCCAGGCCCUCGAGUCCCGCUUCAAGCACGACCUGCGCGUGGCUGAUAAAUCGCUGAUCUGGAACUCCGACCUGAUCGAGACGCUCGAGCUGCGGAAUUUGCUGACGAAUGCGGUGCAGACGAGCAAGGCGGCGCUGACGCGGACGGAGAGCAGGGGCGCGCAUGCGCGGGAUGAUUAUAAGGAGAGGGAUGAUGGGAAGUGGUUGAGGCAUAGUUUGACGUGGCAGAGCGGGGUGGGGGAGGAGGUGAGGUAUGGGUCGAGAGCGGUGAGGAUGGAGACGUUGGAUGAGAGGGAGUGUGCGAGUGUGCCGCCUGUUAAGCGGUCGUAUUAGAGCAGUUGGUAUGAUGCAUACAAGCCUAGAAGCCACUUGGCAGUGUUGCAUUGCUU